GGUAUACUAUGCAAGGUUUUCAACUUGAAAAUAUACAACAGCCGUACUCAAUCAUUACUAUGAUGCACUGGCAAUCUGUGUGUGUUCACUUCUGUCCAUUCCGUGCCUGUCUGCCUAUAUUUGUUAUUGUAAAAAAGUGUUUUGGAUGUUCCUGGGCGUGACCCUUUUUUCUUUGUGGGCUGUAUCUGAAAAGCAUGCGGCCAGUAGAAGAAGCUUGUUGGGAUAGUGCUGGAUGUAUGUACUGGUGGGCAUUACCAUUAUUUUCAGGGACACAAAUCAUUUGACUUGGUUCCCAAAGGAUUCACUCUUGGAUUUGUUCACUGGUCUUGUUCAGACUCCCACAAACCAGAGUGGGAGCCACGCAGUGACUGGUUUUGACUUCAGACUCUCGUUCUCAUUCUCGCUCUCGUUCUUGUUCACUGACUUAAGUUCCUAGCAAAUGAGAACCAGAAUCAUGCGUUGACUGAAAACUCUAGGGGGCUGAAAAGAGAACCCCAACUCAGUCAUGCAGGCUCAUUUUCAAACUAGUUCAGUGAAAAGCUGCUCAUUAAUGAGUUUGCCCCGUGAUUUUGUGUUUGACCAUUCGUUCUUUUAUUCAAUUCCGAUUCUCCCCUAGCCCCUCAGCUUUGUUUGCUGAUUGGAUUUUGUGUGUGUUUGGCCAUUCGCUCUUUCUGGACCUAGACUCUUGUUUUGCUCUCUGCUUGCCGUAUAGUGCUCCGGUUAGUUAGUGUGUCCCCAGCUGAACUACAGAUCCUUCCAUCGGGACACUAUUAUGGUGUUUUGCUUUAUUUGUGAAGGUAAGGCUGGGUGGAAUUUUAAAUCUCUGUUGGGGGUACGUGAUUCAGACAUUUAGUUCUCAGACUGCAGACUGAUUGGUUUGAAGCUCAGCAAAGCUGCCCCAUGCCCAGUAAACCUUUGAAGACUAGUCAUGUUUUAGUUGGUUCUGGACAUGCAGAUAAGGACCAGAUUUACUCAUGGGUGUGCAGUAGAUUUCCCUUACCCAUUCCCCACUCAUUUCCCUUAUCAUACAUCCUGUUAUGGUCUGACCCUAGAACAGGUCGUAACACUGAAAAUGAGAAUGGUUCAUGGUUCACUUUUGAACUAUUAUACACUUCAGGAAAAUGUACUUAGGCUUAUACGUGAACUACUUUGCAUCUUUUAGUACAUCAAGUAUACUCAAAUAGGCUCAAGGAAAUUAUACUAAAAUACUGAACUAGAAGGAAUCCACUAGUGCUAACAGGAUAUUUAAGUUACUUUUGAGUUUUAUUAACAAAAAAGUAAGUCUAUUUAGUCCCACAGUUGUCAAAGUCAGACCUGUUGGUCUAUAUUUAAACUUCACGUUUAGCCUGUAUGGUGGUUUGCAGAAGUGUGCCCCUUAUCAGACCCCCAGAGGAAAACUGACUCUACUGCUCUGACAGGGAGUAAGCAAGUGUGAUGAAGAGACAGUGCUCAGUUGCAAAACAUCCUACUGGAUCAGUAUUAUGUAAGCCAUAGGUUCUCCAUAUUAUAAUGUAAUCAUGUUUUGUAUUGUUGGAAAGGCAGUGUCAUGGGGAACAAGCUUGUGUCUUUCGAGGUGGGGUGCUGACUAAAGUUCUUGAUACCUAAGGGUCCGCACCCUGCCAGAUACAAAGGUUAAUCCGGUGUGGUAUGCUCACAGACAUAGUGCAGGCAGGAUCGUUGAUUAACUGUACAGUUUUGUUAUGGUUGAGUGUUCAUUUGAUGACUUGGGUUUUGCUUUAAUCUUUGGGUAUAAAAGGGAAAAGUUGCAGUGGUUCGGGGAGACUCGUCAGGACGACCUCCUGAGCGCAUUCAUGUAUAGCCAUCAACGGACGGGGAAAACCGUUUCUCACAUGGCAAGUCAACUGAAUUUCUCACUGGCCUCAUGAGUCAUAUAUGCCAUGAGUACCGCAUACCAAUAGCUAACUGGUUCCGACUUGUAACUAAAAACAUCGCUUAUUGGAAAUUGCCCCAUUCAUUUUCCCAUUGGCACAUUUACGGGAAAACAAGGGGAGUGGCUUGGUGACGUUUACACUUACAAGCUCUAUACAGCCCCGGAUUGGGCGCCCUCGAAUAACCGUUACAUAACCAAGCAACGCCUCUACAGAACAUUACACCGUAGGAAUCUUUGCACCCUCGCGGACCGACAGCAUGCAUACAUUGCAUAUGUGUUCGGCCGCUUUGGCUGUUAUUUUGCUUCUGUUGGGUUUAUUGAAAUAUAGAUUUCCGUACUUUGCGAAGGAUGUUCUGUACAUUUUUAGAGUCAUCAGGAUUCGGGUGCGUAUGGGAGAAUUUCUAAAGAAAAAACCCUUCUACACAAUUUUAGACUGUUUUUUAGAAGCGGCACAGAAACACCCCAACAAAACAUUCAUUGUUUUUGAGGGGAAAACGUUCUCUUACUCGGAAGCCGACAAACAGAGCAACAAAGUUGCCAGAAGUUUGUUGGAGCACGCGCGUUUGAAAGAGGGGGACACUGUCGCGCUUUUCCUGGGGAACGAACCAUCUUACUUGUUGAUCUGGCUCGGUUUGUCUAAGAUAGGAUGUGCUGCGGCAUUGUUGAACUACAACGUCAGAUCCAAGUCCUUUCUGCACUGCUUCUCCUGCUGCGCAGCAAACGUCCUUAUUGUGGCUGCAGAAUUAAAAGAUGCGGUUGAAGAAGUGCUGCCGACCCUGCGCGAGGAGAAUGUCUCAGUCUUUCUCCUCGCCGAUGAGUGUGACACUGAGGGUAUGGAGAGUCUCGCCGACAAGAUCGACCAGGCCUCGGAUGAGCCGCUGUCACCGGCGCUGCGGUCUAACGUGACAGUGGGAAGCCCUGCGCUGUACAUAUACACCUCUGGCACAACGGGUCUCCCCAAGGCUGCAGUGAUCAGUCAGCAAAGGCUGUGGGCCGCGUCCUUCGUCCAGGCCAUCGCUGGUGUUACCGCCGAUGACGUGGUCUACAACACUCUCCCUCUGUAUCACAUUGCAGGGUUUCUGAUUGGGUGUACUGGUGCUAUUGAAAGGGGUGGGACAGUUGUUUUGCAGAGGAAGUUUUCUGCCUCUCAGUUUUGGGAUGAUGUCAGGAAGUACGAUGUUACAGUGAUACAGUACAUAGGGGAAAUCAUGCGCUAUCUCUGCAAUACACCAAAGAGAGACAAUGACCGAGACCACAGAGUGAGACUUGCUAUUGGUAAUGGGGCCAGGGCAGAUGUUUGGAAGGAAUUCCUGAAUCGAUUCGGCGGCAUCAGGGUGAUGGAACUCUAUGCGUCCACUGAAGGGAACAUCAACUUCAUUAACUACACUGGGAAGAUCGGUGCCGUUGGAUGUGUGAAUUUUCUCCACAGGAAAGCAUUCCCCUAUGCACUGCUUAAAUACGAUAUGCUGAGGGAGGAGCCAGUGAGAGACCACAGGGGGCUGUGCGUUGAAGUCGCCAAAGGGGAGACGGGGCUCCUGGUGUCCAGGAUAACAACGACAGCUGCCUUCCUGGGGUACGCGGGAAACCUGCAGCAGACGGAGAAGAAGAAGCUGCGGGACGUCUUUCAGAAAGGGGAUCUGUACUUCAACAGCGGAGACCUGCUGAGGUUCGACCACCUUGGCUUCAUCUACUUUCAGGAUCGUGUCGGGGACACGUUCAGGUGGAAGGGGGAGAAUGUGGCCACCACUGAAGUCUCGGAUGUCCUUGUCACGGCCGACUGUAUCCAGGAAGCCAACGUGUACGGCGUCAGUGUGCCAGGGCAUGAGGGCAGGAUAGGAAUGGCAGCUGUCACAUUGAAAGAAGGAGCAGAGUUUGACCCAAACAGCGUUUUCAGCCAAGUCGUCAGCUACCUGCCUGCCUACGCUCGUCCACGCUUCAUAAGGAUCCAGGAUUCCUUGGACGUGACUGGGACAUUCAAGCAGAUGAAAGUAAAGUUGGUGGAAGAGGGCUUCUGUCCAUCUGCUGUCCCUGACCCGCUCUACUUUCUGGACGACAAGGAAAAAAGCUAUGUGCCGAUGACCCAGGAGAUUUUCCAUUCCAUAGAGUCAGGCAGCAUUAAGCUGUGAAAAUGAGCUGGGUUUUGUGAGUAAGGAUCAGGGUCCAUCAAGUCCUGAGAAUCUAUAUUCGAUCAAUAUCUGUAUCGUCUGUACAUCGCUCUGGAUAAGAUUGUCUCCUAAGUCAUUGUAAUGUAAUGUGAUGUACAUUUACCUGGAGAUUUUUCUGCUGAUCUUAGAGAUGUAAGUGUCUGUUCAAGUUUCUAAAAUUGUAAGUGAAUUACCUGUCAUAACCUGUUAUUACCAAAUUAUAAAGGCAUUUAUGUGAAACAGAUGUUUAGAAAUGUUUGUUUUUACACCUAAUGCAGUAUUUCUCUGAAGUAUUAUGCAUAAUAUGUUCAGCAUAAUAUGUUCAGCUGUAUAUAUACAUACAUAUGUAUAAGUAAAUUAGUGUUUUGAUGUGAAUUAAAUGACAUACAACCAUUCAAAAUGGACCUGCAAAAUGGGGACAUUUGAGACAGUUUUAUGCUUGCUCUUAUUUAUUGAUGAAAACAUAAAAAUAUACAUAGUACACUUAGUACACUUCUGUAAAACAGAAACUAUGGAAAACCCUGAGAGAAUUACAUCCCCUGGUGUGGCCCUUCCCAAAUCAGAGCAGGUCAUAGUUCAUUUUCGAACCUUAACCUUACCCUUAUAUUCAGCAUUAUAUUUAAAUAAAAUGUAUUCAUCGAGA